GUCAUUGAGAAGCUUGCAUGCACUUUAGUCUUCAUGAAUCGCACGCACGAUGCAGUACGCACCGCACGCACUUCUGAACUGCGUUGCGUGGUUUAGCCUCCUCGCUUGUGGGAAUGCGGCCAGAGGCGUUGUGCCCUCGGAAGUGCUUUCGCACUUCGCCCACACCGUGGGUACAGUCCUGGUACCGACUCUAGCCAACGAGAUCCACGGCGCCCGAGCCAACCGUUCAGCCACGCACAAACAGCAACCCCAACCGAUCGCCGAAACUGCCCAGCGCCGUCAGCUCGACACGCGACAGGUCUCUCCUCAAGAUGCCAGUAAUCCAGGCAUAGGCGCGGGUCCUGGCCAAGCUUCCCCUGGAAACGUCGGCAUCGGUGGUCCCAACGGCUUCAACUUCCCGGGACCUCAGCAGGCUUUUGGGCCCUAUCAGUACGAACGCACCUACCAGUACAGGUACCCGGGCUUCAACCAGCAGCUCCAGCAGAACUUCUUCCCUGGAGGCGGAGCGGGGUUCAAUGGACUGCCCAUCGAUCCGAGGUUCUUCCAGCAGCAGCUAGGGGGAAAUCCUGGACUCGCUCCCAUUCAGGAAGACAUUCCGAAACCGCUGAGCGCCAACAUCAACGCGAACCCGGGGAACAAUAAUUUGAAGGAUAACGGCAACGGCAACUCCAUCCAGAACUUCGACUUGAACGGCGACUCGAAGUCCAGCGCGCAGAGCCGACCCUUCGACGGCCAGGACUUCUCGACGAUCCCUGUGUCGCCUAAUCAAGGCGGAGGCGUUGGUCCCGGUCUGGAUCCGUCGAACGGCAAUCCUCGCGUGAACAACCGAUUCGCAGCCAUCGACUACGAGCGCGUCCGACAGAACUACUACAGCGACCCGCCGCUGAACCAACAGCGCGACUACUUCUCAUUCAAUGAGAUUCCAUUCAGCAGCGGAGCCGGUGGUCCAGGCUACAGGUCGCCUCUGUCCGAGCGCUACUCCAACCUGAACUACAACGGUGCCGGUGGCCAGGGCGGUGGCCCGUCCUCGGAACUCAGGUUGGUAUCCUAUCGUGCAUUCGCAACUUCGCGUACACCAGUAAGUUCACCAAACCUCUUCGAACAGGUCCGGCAACGGUCUCGGCGCCCCGUACUUUGGCAGCUUCCUCCAAGGUCCCUACCAGUCCCUCGGCUACAACUCCCUCCCAGGUAGCGGCUCCGGUUCCAACGUAGGCUCUGGAGGCAACGGAGGUCCACGUUUCCCCGAGGACUUCGAGCGCGGUGGUGGUCCC